AACGGGCCGGAGUCCCCCCGCGACAACUUCACCGAGGAUUCCGGCGAGUGCUCUUCGUACGCCGACCACCCCAUCAAGGUGGAGUGCCCGUCCUUCGCCAUCCCCGUGCCGCCGGCUGACGGCUUUAAAGAAGUCAGUGCUCCAACUAUUACCCCACCUCUCAAUCAGCCCAAAAGAUCAAAAAAACGCCAUACAAAUUUGACAUUGGAUAAAAUGAUGGAAAAAUUCCUGCAGCAGAGCAUGGAUACAGAUGAGAAAUUUUACAGAUUCGAAGAGCAGAGGCUCAGAAUUGAGGACAAGCGUCGGGAAGCUGAGCAUGCUCGAGAACUCCAGAUGUUACAGAUGUUGGGACAGAUGUUGGCUGGAAUUUCUUCUACAGUAUCACAGAGAUCACAGUCUAUACCAGCAAGUCCACCUCGGAGAGCGAACCAUCGUUCAUAUGCGGAUAACUUUAAUUAUAAUGCUAUGACAGCAACACUUUCUCCACCGAUAGUUAUAGAGAGAUCUUUUUCACUGCACAGAACACACACUCUGAAGGAUAUGGAGAAUAUUUUCCAGCUGGUGCGCAAUGUUAUCCCUCCUCUGACAGGGAAAAAGCAUAAAGGUCAAGAUGGUCGUAUAGGCAUUGUUGGAGGAUGUCGAGAAUACACUGGAGCACCAUAUUUUGCUGCAAUUACAGCUCUCAAAGUGGGUGCAGAUUUAUCCCAUGUGUUUUGUACCAAAGAUGCAGCAACAGUAAUCAAAUCAUAUAGUCCAGAGCUGAUUGUUCAUCCAGUUCUUGACAGUCCCAAUGCUGUCCAUGAGGUGGAAAAGUGGUUACCACGGCUGCACUCGGUUGUCAUAGGACCUGGCUUAGGUAGAGAUGAAGUUCUGCUUGAGAACACUAAGGGUAUUAUAGAGAAAUCGAAAGUGAAAGGAAUUCCUAUCAUUAUUGAUGCAGAUGGACUGUGGCUCAUUUCCCAGCAGCCUUCUCUUAUUCAAGGCUACCAGCGAGCUAUUCUUACUCCAAACUAUAUGGAGUUCAGUAGACUGUAUGAAGCCAUGCUUAGAGACCCCGUAGACAGUAGUGAUCAUCAUGGAUGUGUAUUAAGACUCAGCCAAGCCAUGGGGAAUUUGACAGUGGUGCAAAAGGGAGAAAGAGAUCUUAUUUCAGAUGGAGAGAAGGUACUUGUGUGCAGUCAUGAAGGAAGCAGCCGGAGAUGUGGUGGACAGGGGGACCUCCUUUCUGGUUCUCUUGGAGUCUUGGCACACUGGGCAUUUGUUGCUGGAGCUGAAAAAACAAAUGGUCAAAAUCCCUUUCUAGUGGCUGCAUUUGGAGCUUGCUCUCUCACGAGGCAGUCUAACCACCAAGCCUUUCAGAAAUUUGGACGUUCAAUGACAGCCUCUGACAUGGUUUCAGAAGUUGGAACGGCUUUCAACAAACUUUUUGAAACCUGAAGCCAAAGGAGCAGAGAAGAAGGAAGAACAAUGACUGCAAGAGUAAUUACAUGUACCGUAGAAUUUACAUAACGCACCCUUUCAAGUGCUGUAGCAGCAUUGGUAUGUUAGGUAGAUAUUUUUUAUUUUUAAGAAUAGAAAAAUAUGAUUAAUGUAGAUAUUUUUUAAGAGUUUGGAAUACAAAAAUGUUUUGGCUGAAAUAAGCUGUAGUUGCAGAUCUGUUCUAAUAUAAUAAAACUAAACUGAAAGUA